AUCAACAUGACUUCUCUCGCAAGCUGCAUUUUCUGCAGGAUCAUCAAAGGGGAGAUCCCCUCCUUCAAACUCAUCGAGACAGAGACAACCUACUCCUUCCUCGACAUCGGCCCUCUUGCGCGAGGUCAUUCCCUUGUGAUUCCCAAGGUACACGCGGAGAAGCUUCAUGAACUGCCGGAUGAGAGCCUGCAGGACAUCCUCUUGAUAGCGAAGAAGAUCGCCCUUGCACUCGGGUGUGAGAACUACAACCUCCUCCAGAACAACGGGAAGAUUGCUCACCAGGAAGUCGGACAUGUGCAUUUCCAUGUUAUCCCUAAGCCCGAAGCGUCAGCCAAAGAGGGCCUUGUCAUCGGCUGGCCCCAGCAGAAGCCAAGCAUGGACGACUUAAAGGCACUUGCGGAGGAGUUGAAGUCUAAGAUGUAGAGACGUGUAUGUUCGGACGUAGACGGAAUAAAGAUGGCACGAGGGCAAUGGGUUGAGGGGUCAAUGUAUACAAUGAGUCAAGCAAUG